UGGUAUAAAGUUAAAACAGAAAGUCCUCUAUGUUAACUUUAGUAUUUAUUUAUUUGUUUAUAUAGUUUAUCAAAUCAAAUAUCAUGUCUGGAAAGCUUUAUAUUUUUCUUAAAAAAUCAUUGUCGUCAAAUAUAGUUUGUAAUCUAGCAUAAAAUUAGAACGCUGAAGUUCCUUCUUCGUCAAUUUAUCCUUCCUUUGCGUUUCCACUCCCAGAUUUUUAUAUGUUACUUUGUAUAGACAUGUAGGUAUUUCAUAAUUUUUUUGAACACGUUAAAAAGCUUUCAAAACAGCUAUUAUACUUUACCUUACCAUGAGUUAUGAUUUUUUAGAUUGCAUAUUAGUAAUAUUGUGAUAGCCAACAUAAAAAGAAGCCUCUGUUAGGAGGAAAGAGAAUGUCUCAGGCUAUUGCUGAGCCUAAAAUAAACGAGGCAAAUUUUCAUAUGAAGUCUAAAAAUAACACAGGACGUGAUAGAAACCAUGAAAUUCAUAUGAACGUGGUAGAAGAUCGAAGUUCAGAAGGUGCUUCAAAUGAAAAUGGUGUGGUAGAAACUGGUAUUGAGAGGAACAAUUCAGAAGAAGGUAGUUUUAUUGUUAUUCUCCCAGAUAAUGGCGAUAACGAAGUUGAGGAAAGUAUUGAAAUUGAAGAAAGUAUUGAAGUCGAGGAAAGUAAUGCAAGCGAGACGCACAGUGGCUGUUCGUGCAAUUGUCAUGGAGAGAACGCUGGAGUAAAUGAUGCAUCAGCACGUGCAGAUUUCAAUGGUAGCAACGAAACUACAAGUAGUGGCAGUGACAUGAAUAACCCUGUUGAACAAAAGAUAUCAACAUUAAAUACUGAAGAAAAGAAAGCAUUUUACGUAAACGCGUCAUUUGCUUCAGGAAAAUCACUUCCGUCUUACGAUAGUUUGGGAGAGUAUAUACUCCAAGACGAGCCACCUAAAUAUCAAGAUGUGACUGGAAAACAAAUUCGAGAUCUUGAGGAAAAUACGACUCCAGCAGCAGCUGUUCAAGCAGAAACACCAUGGUCAAAAGCAAAACGAAGAAUGGCAUGCUUUCUGAUAACAUUGGCCAUUUUAGCAGUGACGUCUUUGUUGAUAUACCUUUCAAUUACGGGACGCACUCCAACAGAAGUAUUUAGUAAAACACCAAUCGUAGAUCCUGACGAAGGAAUGAACGGUCGUCCAAGGAGAUAAAGAUUUGCUCUGAAGAUAAAUUCAACUUUUAUAUCUACUGCUUUUAAAGAUUUUUAAUUCUAAGUUAAAAAUAACGGUAGCAAUCUCAGUUUCUGCAAAUGCGAUGCAAAUGCGAUUUCAUGAAUAUGUUGUGGCAGGCUAUAUGAAGUUUUAACUUUAACGAAGUUGUAUUUGGAAACUUUCUCAAAAUUGAAUGUUUGUUAAAGGGAUAAUUUUUACACAACAAUUUGCACAAAAGUGAACGCACGAAGAUUUGUAAAAAAUAUUUUAUCCUGAUUAUUAGAUGUCUUUUCUUUAUUAUAUUUGUCAGAAAUAUUUCCGACUGUACAGAGUCGCUACAAAAGCAGUAAACAUUAAAAAUGCAACACAUUAUUGAAACCUUUUUUUUUGAAACCUUUUGCUAGUAAGUGAUAAGCUCUUCAGGUCUUCAGUCAUCUCAACACAGUCGUCUUGUUGUUUGAGAUUUUAUUUUGUUAAAAAAACAAAUGAUAAACCUUAGCAAAGAAAUUCUUCUUUUUUGAUAAAAACUUUUCCCCUUUUAUAACUUUGUGUAAAAAAGUAAAUAUCCUAUAUCUGAUUUUCACGUUUUCACAAAAUCCUUCACAAGAUUUGUAUAUACGAAUUUAAUCAUCAAAUUUCAACAACAAACAAACAAACAAAAUUUGUGAUAUUUUCCAGCAAGUGUGUGCAAACUAACGGAGUAAACCCUAACUUUAAAAAUUCAAAACAAAUAACAAAAACAUGUAUUUUUAAUGUAUUUAUUCAUUUUUGUAUAUAGUAUUAUUAGUUAGUACUUAUAUUGUAAAUAUAAAUAUUGUAAAUAUUUUCUUAUAAAUAUAUUCUUAUUAAACAUA